CAGUGAUUAUUCUUUUUGCUCUCACCCUUUGUAACCAAGCUGAGUUGAUGUUUUUAAUCAGUUAAUAUAUUAGUGUGCUCAUACCAUUCAUUCAGACUGUAAUGUGUGAUUGUUUACGUUUAUCACACAGCUACCUAAAGCUAAGUUACUCUUUUAGUCUGCAUGGACUAUAAAUGGCGAUAAAAGCCGCUUUGUUUCUUGCUACCUCUUUUAAAUUUGACAGGAGGGGUGAGUCUGAGGAAUCUGGUGAUGAUGAGACUAAGAGGAAGAGUCUCAAUGGAGAGGUCGACUCUUUGCAAGCCCCUUCGACUGUACCUGAGGAGUCGCCUGUUGACAUGGACACCAUAACCUUAGACCCAGAUGAAGAGGAUGUGGAUCUGGUCCACUGUCGCAUUGGGAAGAUUGAGGGUCUGGAGGUUCUUCGGAAGGCAAAGACAAUUUCUCUUAGACAAAACCUCAUCAAACGCAUUGAGAACUUGGACAGCCUUGUCUCACUGAGGGAACUCGAUCUUUAUGACAACCAGAUCCGCAAAUUAGAGAAUCUUCAGGCCCUGACAGAGCUUGAGCAGCUAGAUGUAUCGUUCAACUUACUGAGGAAGAUUGAGGGAUUGGAGUGUCUCACAAAAAUCAAGAAGCUCUUCUUGCUUCACAACAAGAUUACAAGCAUUGCCAACCUCGAUCAAAUGGCGAGCCUCCAGAUGCUUGAGCUGGGCUCUAACCGCAUCAGGGUUAUUGAGAAUCUGGAUUCUCUUAGUUCUUUGGAGAGUUUGUUCCUUGGCACGAAUAAAAUCACUCAGCUACAGAAUCUUGAUGGAUUGCACAGUCUGACAGUUCUCAGUAUCCAGAGUAACCGCAUCACGAAGUUGGAGGGGCUCCAGAAUCUUGUUAAUCUGCGAGAGCUUUACCUGAGUCAUAAUGGCAUUGAAGUCAUUGAGGGCCUGGAGAACAAUAAAAAGCUGACAACUUUGGAUAUCGCUGCAAACAGGAUAAAAAAGAUUGAAAAUAUCAGCCAUUUGACUGAUUUAAAAGAAUUUUGGAUGAAUGACAACCAAAUUGAUAAUUGGGCAGACUUGGACGAACUCAAGAACGCCAAAGGUCUAGAGACUGUCUAUCUGGAGAGAAACCCCCUGCAGAAGGAUCCUCAGUACAGACGCAAGAUCAUGUUGGCUCUUCCCAGUGUCAGGCAGAUAGAUGCCACCUUCAUCCGUUUCUGAUCAUCCACCUCAUUGUGUCCUCCCUCACCCAGCCAUCCACAGCAUAUUAUAAUGCACCACUACCAUAUUCCCCUCAUGCACCUCAUGGACACCGUCUGCCCUAUUUAUCUCUUUUAUUUACUUUUUAACAACAAAAAAAGAAGAAUCUCACUCCCAGUGUUGCCGUUCCAUGUGCUGGCACCUUUUACUCACACAGAGACUAUAUACCUAUGCUCUGACUUAUGCUAUAGUGUGAAUGCUUGUUAAUUUAUUUUCACUUUAGGACCUGAUCAGUCCGAACUCAAAGGAGCUGAUGCCUGUUGCUCUGAAAAUAUAUCAGCGCUAAAUCUUACUUAUAAUUUUGGUUAGGAAAUCAUAGCAUCGUAGUUAUCCCUUCAUGUAGAUGAUUUAAAAUCAGACAUUUCCGCCUUAUGUCCAUCAGGCAUUGAGAUCAAAAAGGUCAGAGGUCACAUUGCAUUCAGGUAGUAAAGAUGGCUAUAAGGAAAUUCUUAUUCUUUGUGAUCAGGGACUAUUUCUGUGAGUGUUAUGGAUUCAGUUUGCAUAUCAGUUCUUUUGGCCUGUUGAAAUGUGACAUGAAGCAUAUAGUUCACUCUUCAUUAAUAUUAAAAGAGAUUAAUUCCAUUUUAAAACUAAAGUUAUGCCACAUAAUUUUAAGUCAUUGUAGACAUUCAACAAAGCAAGGUGAUAUCAGGUGAUUAGUAUUUUUUUGUUUUUUUUUUAAUUGUCACAUGCACUCAAAAUAUUCACACAGAGACACCUCAUGUUAAUGUAUGAUCUGAGGAGUUGUUUUGCUUCCCCUGCAAUGGGAGGUGAAUGGAAGAGGCCACAGUGUGGUGACUGUGUUUGGCCACUUCCAUUUGACAGGAGGGAGGGGGGUCUGAGGGUUUUCACUUGGCUGAUUCUGUAUGUAAUGAAACCAGUCCCUUUAAAAGGGUUUAAAAACAACUGCAUAGGAUUGCUUUUAUUUUGCUCGAAUUUUCACUUUGUUUUACAAGCUUGGUUGACUGUUUCGGAAUUGAAUGUACUAUAAAUAAACUGAAUUUGAACAAUG